UCAAUAACAUCUACUCUCCGUCUCUCAUAUGUUAUAUUCGAAUUUCCAUGCACAGAUAGUUCCCAAAGCAAAAAGGGGAAAGAGAGAGAGAUAAGAUGGGGUACAGUUCAUUCUUAAGAAGCCCGAAGAAAGAAGAACAAGAGGUGCCAGACAGUACUGUUCUCACAAAAUUAGCUGCUUAUGCCGAUGAAGAACUCCAUAUUAUGGACGGGCUGGAGGGCAUCUGGGGCAUUGAAGAUGACGAAAAGUUACCACAGGACAGCAAGAAGUAUGGUCAACUCAACUGGGAUUUCAUGGAUUGGGAAGAAUUUCCAAACGGAGAGGGGGAAGAGCAAGAGCAGAAGGUGCUGGAGGAGAGCACAGACCGAUGCUUUUUUGAAGAAGAAAGCUACUACAGCAGCAAGGUUGUAGUAAAGAAAGAAAACGUUGGGUUUUGGGAUGAUGAUGAUGAGAAGAGGCCGGCAUCAUUGAACUUGAACUUGAAUUAUGAACAAGUCUUGGAUGCAUGGUCCAACCGGGGCUCUCCUUGGGCCGAUGGCGAUGGCUAUGGCUAUUCUCUUUCUAUGGCGAGCAAUGGCUAUUAUAUGGGAGAGGUGCCAGUGAUGGAAGAAGAGAGAACGAGAAGGGAAGCAAGAGUUCUAAGGUACAAAGAGAAGCGCCAGACUCGAUUGUUCUCCAAGAAGAUAAGAUACCAAGUUCGAAAACUCAAUGCAGAUAAAAGACCUAGACUCAAGGGGCGAUUCGUGAAGAGAGUUUCUUGACAAGAGUCAAGAGACUCAAAUGUGGUAUAUAUAAAAUAUCUCGCAAAAUAUCUUUGUGUAUUUGUUGUUGCGUAUGCUUUGUGGUUAUCUCAAUGAAAAUAUCUCUUUUAUUCCA